AUGAAUGAAUUGGAACGGGAACAAAUGAAGAACAUUCCUUAUGCAUCUGUCGUUGGGAGUUUGAUGUAUGCUCAAACUUGCACCAGACCGGACAUCAGUUUUGCUGUCGGAAUUCUGGGCAGAUAUCAAAGUAAUCCGGGAUUAGAUCAUUGGAAAGCUGCAAAGAAAAUUCUUAGAUACUUGCAAGAAACAAAGGAUCACAUGCUCACUUAUCGAAAAUCUAAACACCUUGAUGUGAUUGGAUAUUGUGAUUCUGAUUUUGCUGGAUGUGUUGAUACAAGAAAAUCAACAUUUGGCUACUUAUUCCUUUUAGCUGAAGGAGCAAUUUCAUGGAAAAGUGUGAAGCAGUCCGUCAUUGCUGCAUCCACUAUGGAGGCCGAGCCGCUGAAAAUUUAUUGUGAUAAUUCUGCAGUAGUUUUCUUCUCUAAAAACGACAAGUAUUCUAAAGAUGCUAAGCAUAUGGAAAUAAAAUACUUUGCCGUUAAAGAAGAAGUUCAGAAACAAAGAGUGUCAAUUGAACAUAUUAGCACACAUCUUAUGAUUGCAGAUCCUUUAACAAAAGGAUUAGCGCCCAAAACAUUUAAUGAACAUGUUGUAAGAAUGGGCAUUAUUGGACGUCAUUACUAG